GAAGUUCGUGUCCCUAGCUAUACUAUACGUGCUUGAGGUUUUAAAAAUCAGCAAGGAAAUGGUUUGUGCAACUGGAUCAUUUAAUUGUGAUGUCGAUAAAGUUGAUAUAAAAAAUUACGUAUUAGAAAAAUAUGUACCAACAAAGCUGUCGGAGCCAAUUUACACCGUUUCCUAUGCAGAUGAUUUGGAAAGCCUGAGGUUGACGAAGCAUGCCCAGCUACAAUGUUCAGGACUUAUUUGGCCCUUUUGUCGAACCGGAACCUUUCCCGUGGAAGUGCCGAUUAAGGGGGUACAAAUGCUGGCAGUACCGGAUAUAGCGAAAGAAAAGUGCAUAAUGGAGUUAACAACGGAAAUGCAAAUGGAAUGUGAUUAUUUUCAACCAGGUGAUACUAUUGCUGUAUUACCAUCCAACAGCAGCAGAGAAGUCCAAGCACUGCUAGAGCGUUUGCAAUUAUCAAAUAAAUCUGAUAGCUCAUUUCAACUGCGAAUUUCAUCAAAAUGUACUAAGAAAACGGCGAAGCUACCACCAUACAUUCCAUCACAUUGUACUCCUUAUCAACUGUUGCGCGAUUGUCUCAAUUUUCAUGCCAUACCAAAAAAACAGUUCCUAAUUACUCUAGCCAACUGCUGUGGGGAUGCAGAUGAGCGUGCAUUCCUGAGUUGUUUAUCCUCGAAAGAAGGGAGCGCUUAUUACAACGAGCUUAUCUUAGAGCGUGGCUUAUCAUUAUUGGAACUGCUGGAGUUGUGUCCCUCAUGUAUACCUACACUAGAAAUUUUAAUUGAGCACCUACCACGUUUGUUGCCGCGUCCAUAUUCGAUAGCCAAUAGCCCGCAAACUAAUGAAAUAAAAAUUAUAUUUUCAAUACGCGCACAAAACCCAGGGGUGACCACAAAUAUGUUAAAAACCUUGGCUACACCCUUGUUAAAUGGCACAGUUGCUGAAAAGUUGCCCGAGAUCACAGUGUAUCCGCGACAAACGAAUCAAUUUCGCUUUACUGAGCAAGAAGCAAGUGAAAACAAUCAUAUCCUGAUUGGUAUUGGUACAGCCUUAGCACCCUUUUUAGGGUUUUUGAAGAAGAAGGAACAAUUGCUGGCAAACGUUGCUUAUACCUCACUAGGCGAUACCUGGUUUUUUGCAGGCGCUACAACUGAAGCAAGUCUGCCACACAGAGAUCGCAUAUUAGCCAUGGAAAAAGGUAAUGUGCUACAACGGUACUUCGAGUGUCUGUCACGCGUGCCUAGUGCUACUUAUCGCUAUGUUCAUGACCAAUUACUAGCUCAUGCAACAGUAUUUGUGGAGUUUUUGAUGCAAAAGAAUACUAUCUUGUACGUCUGUGCCGAUGGUGGUUCGAUAUCAAAAUCGAUUGAGGAGGCAAUUACAAAAUGUUUAACACAAGUGCAGCAAAUAACACGGGAGGAAGCUUCAUUAACGUUAAAAACGUUCAGAGUUAGUGGCAAAUAUCGUGAGGAUUUGUGGCUGUGAUAAUUUUUUUGAAUAAACACAAAAAAUCGUUAAAGCUA